GCAGUCACACUUCCAACUCCUCCAACGCCCACCACGGCUACAGUGAACGUCCGGAUUUUCUGUUGAACAGUAGAACAUAAAUAAAUGCAUGCCAUUUUGUCAUAUUAGAUCUGUGUAGGGUUUUAGAUCCUCCUACUACAGGGAUUUCUAGAAAGCCUCAGAAUAUUGGGGAAAUUGUGCAACCUUAGAUGUGUACCCGAUAAUAUUAUUACAUACAAUUGUAUCUUACCUCGUAAUCUUCAACAAUGCCCAUUCGCUUCAAAGCCAUCAGACGACUGCAAGGUAAGAACAUGAGGUAAGCAGUUUACACCAUAUGCCGGUAUGUGGCCCUUAUUUCUGGGGUGUCAACCAUAUCAUGUACUCUCUUAUGUAUUCAUGAGCACAAAUGACUCGAUUCGCGGCAGUUAGAUUUCGACAGCCACCAUACCUGUAAGGGUUUGAGUCCACUACUUCUGCACUCAUUUUGUCGAUCCUUGGUCUGUGAUGAGGUUGGUUGUUGUCGGCAGGUUCCUCGGCACACAUCGCCGUACAUCGCUUUUGCUUACACUUGAUCAACUCGUUCUCAAGCUCCCUCACUCGCAGCUUCAGUUCUUCGAUCGAGGUCAUGUUUAUUUAAGGAAUAAGCCACACUACUCCGUUGUUCAAGUGUAAAAUGCCUAGAUUGAAAAGCCUCGACAAUUACAUAAAGAUUACAAGCGAUGGGCUAGUACACGUCUACACAGCUCGAAUCAGCUGGCAAUCCGCGUUUGUGUAAAUACAGUCCGGGCAGAAACAAGCUGCGUUGAGUAAAAAAAGUGUCCUAUAAAUACAUGAUCUCUACGGCAUCUAAAAAAUUCGACCAUCGGCCAGUGCGUGCCAUCAGCAAAUCUGUGCAUUUACCGAUCUGUGAAAAGUCACUCUUUGUAGCGACGUUUUACAGAAAACUUCUGACUGCGCAAGGUUUGAUCUGCAAAACACUGACGCUCACCUCAAUUCGACAAUCCAUAUUGUACGAGAUUUGCUAAUUCAUUCAACUUUAUGACUUUGACAAAUAAUUAAUCCACACUGAAAUUAUGGAAGACCAAACAGCAACUCCUGUUCGGGAACAACACAGAUUCAACACUGUCAAUCUUCAGCGAUAUCUGUCCGGAAAGACACGAGGGGUGUCCAACAAUGACAGGUUCACUGUCAGACAAUACAGUGCUGGACAAUCCAACCCCACCUUCCUUAUCCAGACCCCUUCUGACAGCUAUGUCCUGAGAAAGAAACCGCCGGGUAUGCUUCUGCCAGGUGCUCACAAGGUGGACAGGGAGUAUCGAGUGCAGAAGGCCCUGUUCUCUGCUGGGUUCCCAGUACCCCAGCCACUGCUACACUGCACUGACGCGGAGGUGAUCGGAACCGAGUUCUACCUGAUGGAGCAUGUACAGGGGCGUAUAUUCCAGGACCUGAGGCUCCCAGGGGUGAGUGCAGCGGAGAGGGCAGCCCUGUAUGUGUCUGCAGUGGAGGUUCUGGCCCGUCUUCACUCCCUGGACCUAACCACCGUGGACCUAGACGGGUACGGGAGAGGGCCUGGCUACUGCAAGAGACAGGUGUCUACGUGGACAAAGCAAUACAGAGCAGCUGCCCACAAAGAAAUUCCAGCUAUGGAUAAGCUUUCUGAUUGGCUGUUGAGCAACCUGCCCACCAAUGAUAAUGAAGUGGCCCUUGUCCAUGGCGACUUUCGAGUGGACAACCUGAUUUUCCAUCCUACUGAGGCUCGUGUGGUGGCUGUGUUGGACUGGGAGCUCUCCACCACGGGCCAGCCAAUGGCAGACCUGGCCUACUUCCUGAUGCCCCACUAUUUGCCCAGCAGCCUCAGCCUCCUCAGCUGCAUGGGCAGCCUGAGGGGUGUGGAGGGUAUACCUUCUCCUGAGGACCUGAUCUCCAUCUACUGCCGGUGCCGAGAGAUCCCAUCUUCUCUGCAUCAGCUCAACUUCUACCUGGCCCUCUCUGUCUUUAAGAUGGCAGGGAUCGCUCAGGGGAUCUAUGCACGCCACCUCCUGGGCAAUGCCAGUGCUCCCAAUGCUGCCCAGUUUGGCCAGAGUGUGGAGCCGUUGGCCCAGGUUGGGCUGCAGAUUGCAGAGAAGUCGGUCCCUGCCGAUGCCAGACUGUUCCUCCAGACUGCUAAAGGCCAGGCUGUCCACCAGCAGGUCACAGAGUUCAUGAAACAACACGUGCUUCCUGCUCAGCAGGAAGUCGCAGAGUACUACUCUAAACACGCCCACUCGCCCCAGAGAUGGCACACCCCCCAGGUGAUAGAGGAUUUGAAGGCGAAGGCCAGGGAGGCGGGGCUGUGGAACCUCUUCCUGCCAGCAGUAAGCGGUCUCAGUCAGCUAGACUACGCCCACAUCGCAGAGGAAACGGGACGAUGCCUCUACGCCCCCGACCUCUUCAACUGCCAGGCCCCUGACACGGGGAACAUGGAGGUCCUCCACAUGUUUGGUACUGAGGAGCAGAAGAGAGAGUGGCUCCAGCCCCUGCUCAGUGGACAGAUCCGCUCCUGCUUCUGUAUGACAGAGCCUGAUGUGGCCUCCAGUGACGCCACCAACAUGGAGUGUACCCUUCAGAGGGACCGGGACCAUUACGUCAUCCACGGGAGGAAGUGGUGGAGCAGCGGUGCUGGUAACCCAAAGUGCAAGGUGGCUAUCGUGAUGUGCAAGAGCACGUCGAAUAACACUCAAAACAGACACGGUCAGCACAGUAUGAUCCUGGUCCCACUGGACACCCCUGGUGUGAACGUGAUCAGACCGUUGACCGUAUUUGGACAGGACGAUGCCAUUCACGGCGGACAUUUUGAGAUCCACUUUGACAACGUGCGUGUGCCUGCUUCCAACAUUCUUUUGGGUGAGGGCCGAGGCUUUGAGAUAGCCCAGGGUCGUCUAGGUCCUGGCAGACUGCACCACUGUAUGAGGGCCGUAGGAUCUGCUGAAUGGGCACUGGAGCUGCUGUGCCAACGUGCUGCGCAUAGACAAACCUUUGGCAAGAAACUCUACCAGCAUGAGGUUGUGGCCCACUGGAUAGCAGAGUGUCGCCUGGCAAUAGACCAGGCUCGCCUACUGACCCUGCAUGCUGCUCACGCUCUGGACACACUGGGCAGCAGGAGCGCCCGGAAACAGAUUGCCAUGAUCAAGGUGGUUGCUGGCAGGAUGGUGUGUAAGGUAGUGGACACUGCCAUCCAGGUGUAUGGGGGUGCGGGUGUAUCUGGAGACUUCCCCCUCGCUCAGAUGUAUGCGUACGCCAGGACUCUGCGCAUAGCAGACGGGCCAGACGAGGUGCACAUGUCGUCCAUCGCCCAUUUGGAGCUCAGGGACCAGAUGAGGAAAGCCCAGGCCAAGCUGUGAGGUCUUGCAGGGGUUAACAGGAUGGGUUAACACACAGGCAGACCUCAGACAGACCGCAGGGGUAACUGAAGGGUUAAUAGAGGUUUUAAUUAACACAGAUUAAUAGUGCCGUGAAGGAGCUUCAUCUGUCACGGGAGCUACGGGCGAUUGAUUGACAGGCCAGUCUCGCCUACAAGUCACUGUGGGUGCCAAUCGUAGAUCUCCACAUACAGAGAUUCUGAGAUUUGCAUAUCUAAAAGAUGAUCAUGAUCAACUCUUGUUCUGCCUUAAUGUGAUUGUGGGGGAAUAGCAGUCUACUGUAUUAUGGUAUGAAGAUCAGGUAGAACAAGUGUUGUCUGCUGGACUACAGAUGACGCUAACAAAAUGGGGUAUCGUGUUGUUCGAUUCAAUAAAAUGGAGUAAUUUACAACUAAAAUGACAUACACUGCCUUAAUAUGCUCAUAAGAUAUGUAAAUAAAGAUUUGGAUAUGUGGUAAAUCGCA